AAAUAAUAGUGACAAACUCAUCGUCUGUCAUGUCACUUGAUUCUAAUAAUGUUACAGAGUCAUCUACUGCUAUGGCACGGCGGCUUAGGGUUUGUAACGGAGAAAUAGAGGACAAAAUAAGUGGUUUGCCGGAUUCAGUUAUCGAUCACAUUCUCUCAUUCCUUCCGACGAAAAUAGUUGUGGCCACAAGCCUCCUUUCAAAACAUUGGAAACAAUUCUGGCGUUCUCAACACAGUCUUUACUUCGAUGACGCUUCCUUUCCAGACGCCUUCGCCUUUUGCCAAUUCCUCAAAUCCAUCAUGGUCAGGCGAGAUAAAACCCUACCCAUCCUCUCAUUCCACCUUAUAUGCCGUCGCUACACCUUAAGCGACAACGAUUUUGAAUAUUUUGCUAUUGGGGCAAAUUUUAAUGGAGUUGAAAACGUAAUUAUCGAUUUCUGCCUGCCAACCACAUUGCCUCCGACCUUGUCGCUCAAGGAAUUGAGGAGCCUGACAACCACAUUGCCUCCUUUAUUUCUAACUAGCACCACCUUGUCGGUCCUCAAAUUGAAGAAAGUAAAUCUCAGCAUGAUUCGACGUAUUCAUCUUCCCUCCCUCAAAGUCCUUCACUUGGAAUCUGUCAUUUUCAUUAUGUAUGAAUAUCUCAAAAGUCUUAUUUAUGGCUGCCCCAUUCUACAGGAGUUGGAAAUAAAUGAUUUAAGAGUAAACAUCACUUAUAUGAUGAUUCCUAGACCUAUGCCAUGCAUUCCCAGUUUGAUCAGAGCUAACAUUUCCUAUUAUUCUAUGUUUGAUGUGCCUCGUGAUGUCUGGCAUUAUCCUAUUCCGUUUGAGUGGCUUUAUAAUGUCGAGCAUCUCCGCUUACAAUUGAACAGCAGCCCACCUACUAUUAGCAGCGUGUUUCUCAAUUUAACCCACCUCGACCUUAUAUUCAACUUUGACCAUGAACGGCCAUUAACGGUUUCCAAGUGGUGUUGGCUCAGAAAAAUGCUUCAAAAUACCCCCAACCUUCAAACUCUUAUCAUUCAUAACCUCUUUUCGGUUGAAGCUCGUGUACUACACCAUUUUAAUCGGUGGGAGUGGGAUGACCCAAAAAUAGUUCCAAAAUGCCUUUUAUCUCAUCUUACAACAACAUGUUUACUUGGAGAUUGUGAGCUUCCAUUUGCAAAAUAUAUAAUGCAGAAUUCAAGACUACUAAGCACCAUGACAAUUCAGAGUCCCAAAGACACAAAUACAAAGCUUCAAAUGGAAGAAGAUUUAUCUUCGUGCCCAAGGAUUUCACCCGCAUGUAAUCUAUUAUUUAUUUGAAUGAUUUCACCCACAUGUAAACUUUUAUCUAUUUCAAUCAUACUUGAUACAGCACGCGUGUCACAAACAUACUAUUAACAAGUUUCUACUUUAUAAAUUUAUUCUUAAUCUUCUUGCAAUGGUUUGUUUUUGUACAAAUAACAUAUCUGUUAUUGCAUUCUAUAUUUUCUACAAUCAAUAUUAGUUUCUACUUUUUCAACAUUUCUAACUUCCCAAGUUCACAUUUAAUUGGAUCAAUCAUGGUUGAAAAUCGGUGGGCUUUAAAAAUGCAGGUCACUGUAGUUACUUGGUGGCUUAAAAGAAUUUUUAUUUGUAUGUACAUGCAUAUGUCUUCGGUAGUGUUUUUAUUAUUCUCAUUAUCUCUGCUGAAUACUAACGUGCUCUUUAUAAGUAUUGCUUGCUUUGUGUUUUGAUGAGUCAGUCUCCGCCAAGGUUACUCUUGGUUUGUUCAUUAAUCAAAUUAUUGUUAGGUUGCGUGCACUUUUAGUAAUUUGAUCUUUAAUCUAUGGGUUUUUGCUUCCGAGGAUGAUCGGGGUGCAUUGACAACUGACCCCGAUGAAUUGAUAGACUCUGAAGACAGUGAAGGGAUAAGUGGAGAUGAGGAGAUUUUUUAGAAAUCUUCUUUCCAUAGCGUUUGGUUCUGCCUACGAAGCUCGCUGGUAGAUAUGAUGGGAAGGAAGAAGGCCACCACAGCUGAUGAGUCCUACCCCAAGUUUAAUGAAAUUACUGAUGGGAGUUAAAGUCUUACAGCAAGCAAUCAUUGAUUUACUAUUGGAUAUAAUGGUUGAGUGCUGCCAGCCUUCUGAAGUGGGCCCUGUUACUGAUUCUGUUGAUGAAUGCUCAAAGCCUUCCUCAGACAGCAGGGGAACUGCUCGUCCUCUUGAACGUGAUAAUGAAGAUAGAGUAGUGGAGUCUGCGCAAGUUCUUGUUAAUGAGAGAUUGAAUUCUGCUGUCGGAAGUAAAGAGUAGUACAUCUUCUGUAAAGAGCGUUGAUUUAAAUGGGAGUGAUAUACAGGAAAAAGAUCUUCCUGGACAACCUACCUGUCCACCAGAAACGCGUGCCUCUGUUUCAGAAAAUGCGUCAUUUCGGUCAAAGGCACACCUUUGUAUUCAUGAGAUUAAACUUUUGUUAAAUAUACCAAUGGUUUUGAUUGUGUGAAUUUGGAACUUCAGACCAAGUGGCCAGAGCAGUGUGAGGAGCUCUUAAGUUUGAUUGUAAACUCACUAAGAGCUUUGGAAGGGGCCGUUCCACAAGCUUGUCCAGAGCCAAGACGGCGACCUCAGUCUGCACAGAAAAUUGCUCUUGUAUUGGACAAGGCUCCUAAGCAUUUGCAAGCAUAUUUUGUUGCUUUGGUACCCAAAUUGGUUGAGCAGUCAGAACACCCGUUGGCUGCACAAGCACUUCUUGAGCGCCUGCUACAGCCAAACGCAGAACCUUCUCUGUGAAUGCCUGUGAGAGAUACUAUUGUUCUUUACCCAAAUGUCUUAUUAGAACAUAUGCAUUUUAUGUUUGGAUAACAGUCUUCAAUUUAUAGAUUUACUCAGCUGCAUUUCCACUUCUGCCAACUUGGUUAUGGUUGCAUUAUUUUUCUACUAUUGAUGGAUAUUUUAUUUAUUAGGUUUUUGGGGGCGGGGCUCUUAGUCAAUAGGAAUGUGGUAGUGAAGUGUGGAAGCAUAUUCUAUUUCAGUCAUUUGAGCUUUUGGUUGAUUCAAAUGACAAAUCCCUGAUUGCAACAAUAGAUUUUGUAUUCAAAGCAGCAUCUCAGUGUCAACACCUCCCCGAAGCAGUAAGCUCAAAGAUAAUUGGAAAUUGCUCUGUGUUCUCUUUAAUUACUUGGAGCUUAAUUUAGUUGUAUUGUCAAUGCAAUAGACUUUUAUAUGGUUUUCUGAUAAUAUUUUGUCAUGUCAUUUAAUGAGUUUGUCAAUUGGCUUCUCAUUUUAGCAAUAUAUUCAAACAAGCUCAUUGAAUGCAAUGCCAACACAAGAUUGGAUGAUAGGGUUAAAAGGUUUACAUUGACAGUGCAUCAAAAGCAAAGUAUUAUACGUAUGUACUGUUUCCGAUUCCAAGAUGAUUUAUGAAGUAUUUGUAAUUGUAGCAUUAUUUUUUCCCAUGAAUGCAGGUUAGGUUUGUUUGUGUCAUGUGUUGCCUUGUGUCCUUGAGUUUUUGAGUAAGACUAAAAAUAGUUGGGGGAUGUUGCUGAAACCAUACUGAGGAAUAUUGAUUGUGAUGAGGAUUAUGCUUAAAGUUGCACUGCUCUACCGUGUGGGAUUUUCUUAUUUGGUGAGCAUAGCACUACGGUUACUGGACUGCACAUGAAUCAUGAGCAGGCUUUUCGUGCUAGUCGUCAUUUUUCUGAUAUUUAUAUACUGUUAGAAAUGUUAUCUAUACCUUGUCUUGCUGUUGAAGCUUCUCAAACAUUUGAGAGAGCUGUAGCACAAGGUGCAAUAGGUGCUCAGUCUGUAGCCCUGGUAUUGGGUGCCAGAACCGAAUACCCGAAUAUUUUUAACAUUCAGAUGGUGCAACAUAGGAGGAUGCCUGUGAGCAAUUGGGAGUUCAAAGGGAUGAUAUUACAUUAGUUCUUGGUCUUGCUGAAACUUUGGCCCUCUCCAGGGACCUAUGUGUGCUAGAAUUAGUGAAAC